AUGGCCUCCACUCCAAAUAUCACUAAUACCCCUCCAACGACUCCUCCAUUUCAAGGGUUCUCGGCUCCCCCGUUAAGAAGAAUCGCGUCUACCUCCUCCACCACAUCUUCUUCUUCAUCGGCUAGAUCUUCGCUAGGCGGUCGCAGCGACACCACGACCAGGAAGAGGGGUUUUAUGCGGCCACAAGGGACAGAGUUCUCGACAUCCGCCAGGUCACGGGAAAGCGUCAUGGCUCUUGGGAGUAUAACUCACUUGCAAUACUUUUUUGCUAAAACAGGCCUUUUGGAUGGGAAGGGAGCUGGUCUUCAGACAAAGCAAAGCUCCCGGAAAUCGUCAAACCAACUGACAUUAGACACAAGCUCGGCAUCGCUUCUCCAGGACUCAACGUACUCCUCACUUCGGUCAUCUCCCGAUAUUCUUGGACCCUGUGAGCAGGAAUUUUUCUCAGAGUCGCCUACAGAAUCAGAAAUGCUUGAUGAUUUCGAUUAUGAUGAAUCCUCAAUGCUCCCACCCACAACCUCGACAUAUAACCCUCAGACAAAGUCAAUACCACCAACGCCGGAUCCAUCUGUUCUACGGGAACGGUUGAGGAGUGCUUUAUCUGCUACCAGGGUGGCCUGGGUUCAAAGUCCUGUAGUGCCUCAGAAGACUGGAGGUCAGGAAAGCGGCGAUAACAGCAGCGAGAUUGAGCUGCCUCCUGGGUUUAACGAGCUUCAAGGAACCCAACUCGUAGAACUAGCAACCUCUGCGAUCAGAGCGGCUAAGGCUUAUUAUAUCACAACAGAUUCUUCCCUUCUUCUUUCAACGAAGGAUGAUAAAACCCUACGGGAAAAGUUCCUGGCUAUUCUGGAUAUAUUGAAAAGCAUGGCUCAGCGGAAAUUUGAAGGCGGGGUGAAGGCGGAAGAGAAGGACUCUGUAGUUAGCUGGAUUGGGAGCGUGGAGGAAUCCUUGUCUGCGGAAGAGAAGGCCAUCUUUGAUAUGCGCAAAAAGGGAAGAGAAUGGCUAGAGGGCGAAUGGGAAGGACGAGAAAUGGAUCGGAACCGCCUUUUUUUGUCUUACUUUGACUCUUCCACGGAACACCUACCUCCCGCCACACCAAGCACAGAGACGCCAACUCUUCCAACUCCGUUUCUCUUGGCUCUACAAUCAGGCUUACGGCUGAUAUUGAUACACAAUGCCGUAGUUCGCCGCUCGAAACGACCUUUUGGGCAGAUAGGAACUUAUCAUACCGAGUUCACAAAGCCUUAUAGAUUAGCAGAAAACCUGAAAUUUUGGAAGAAAGCGGCUGAAAUUAGAUGGGAGAUUAGGAUGCAGUUUGAUGUGAUGGCGGUGGUUAAUGGUACCGAAGACGGAUGGAGGGCCUUUGACAAGGAUAUUAGGCUUUGGUGCGAGAAGGUUCUUGAAGAGAUCAGGAGGGAUUGGGAAAUGGGCGCAGGAGCGGCGGUUGUCGGACAUGAAAUAGUUGUACGACAAGGGAGGAGUGGGACAAUGGAAAGCUUAAAUGUUGAAGUUGGCGCUGGAUACCACAAUUGA